ACGUAAGCGAAAGAAGAAAGAAGAAGAAAGAAGAAGAAGAAGAAGAAGAAGAAGAAGAAGAAGAAGAAGAAAAAAAAAAGGAAAAAGAGCAGUCGGGUUACAACGUUGGCUCGGUGUGGGUUGUGGCCGACAGCAGGUCGUGAAUUUUUUUAUAAGUUAUUCGCUUCCUCCUUGGCCGCGACGCCGGAAAGCCAGGCGGCGGUAAUGACCCAAAUCAGCAGUUUGAACGCCACGGAUAAAUUAGCGUGGCGAUUGUGUUGUCAUAGCGUGCUAACGCGCUGCAGUCAAGCUAACUAUGGUUUUAGAACUAGCCACCGAUUUAGGAGAUUAGAACGUUAGCCGAAUGUAAAGCAGAAGCACUUUGUGUCGUUGACCUGCCUUUGUUUUUCUUAUUGAAUCAGCACCGCACGUGAUGCAGAGCAGUUGGACAUGGCUUGGAAGUCACGAACCCGCAGUCUGCAAGUUUUCGACACGGAGUUGAGUGCGGACACCGUGGAAUGGUGCCCUGUAGCUCACUGCCACGAAUUCCUGGCCUGCGGGACUUAUGAGCUCCAAAAAGCGAAAGGGGAAGAAGAUGGUGCCUCAAGCCGGACUGGUCGUUUGUACCUUUUUGAAUAUCAGCGAGAAGCUAUGAGUCCUCCUCUCACUGAGCGACAGCGCAUAGAAACACCAGCCAUUUUAGAUUUGAAAUGGUGUCAUGUGCCUGUGUCAGGAAAGGUCGUGCUGGGACUGGCAGCGGCGACUGGCGAACUGCAGCUGUAUGCGCUUUCAGACUGCCAGGAAGGCACCAGCAAUCUGCAAAGUCUGAGCAGCGUGGAGCUGGGUGCAGACAAGCUGGCUCUGUCAUUAGAUUGGUCCACUGGAAGAAUGGACAGCAGUGAUGUGCGGGUGAUAUGCAGCGACUCCGCAGGUCAUGUCAGUGUGCUCUCUUUGGAUGAAGGUGCUCUGAUGACUUUGUCACAGUGGAAGGCCCACGACUUUGAGGCUUGGAUCUCAGCCUUCUCCUACUGGGACACACAGUUGGUAUACUCAGGUGGAGAUGACUGUAAGCUUAAAGGCUGGGACCUCAGGAUCGGUCCCUCCAGCCCUACUUUCGUCAGUAAAAGGCAUUCAAUGGGCGUGUGCAGCAUUCACAGCAACCCACAUCGGGAACACAUUCUGGCUACAGGCAGCUAUGAUGAGAAGAUACUCCUGUGGGAUGGCAGAAAUAUGCGGCAGCCUUUCAGCGAGACGUCGCUCGGUGGUGGGGUGUGGAGGUUAAAAUGGCAUCCGACUCAUCAGCAUCUGCUGCUGGCAGCGUGCAUGCACAAUGACUUCCACAUAGUUCACUGUCGACAGGCCAUGGAUUCACACGAAGGGGCGUGUCCCGUUUUAGCAUCCUACAUCCUCCACAACUCUCUGGCAUAUGGAGCGGACUGGUCCCGACUGUCCCUGGAGCAACCUGCACCUGGCUCCCCUCCUGCUGCAGAACCAAAGGAAUGCCUCGCAGACAGUGGAGGACAUCUGAGGAUCCAGUAUGAAUCUCCCACUGCCAGCUUCGACACUUCCCUAGAAAAUGAUUGUGGGCAAUACAUCCCAGAGGGCAUUGCUCCGCCAUCUACAAGCUCCAAUGCGGGCGACGCCGUCACACCUGAUGAGGAGAUUUCUUCAUUGUCUUUUCUUCUUGCAAGUUGCUCAUUUUACGAUCAUAUGCUUCACUUGUGGCGUUGGGACUGGGUUCCAGUUGAGGCACAGGUAGCAAUCGAUCAAUGUUGACCUUGCCAUGAGGACCGGCUGAGUUGGCGUUCAGGCAUGUAUGGCUCAUUUUCAUGUAAUUUCAUCAAUACUAGAAAUGAAAAAUAAAUACAAAUCUAUUUUGACAAGCAAAUGGGGGUGGCCCAUUGAAAUACUUUACCAUUAUAAAAUGAAAAGAAAAACCGCUUCAUAAAACUCCUGUGCAUUGAACAAUUUACAUUGACCUUCAAACUCUGCUGUUACAAGUGCGUAGGUGAUCCUAGCUACUCAAACCCAUUCCACUCUUAUACAAUAAUGGUAAGGACAUGCAAUAGUUCUGACAAAGAAGGACCGCUUGUUGAAGAACCCCCCCCCCCCCAAAAUAAAAAGGAACUCUGAAGACAAUAUGCAUUUGUGUUAGUUUUCAUGGAAAAGGCAUGGUAUGGGAUGAAAAAUCCUUUACAUCCAAAAAUGUCGUCAGCAUCUUCAGAAAACUUGAUUUCGGACGCCUAAUUGUAAACACAUUUUGGCAUUCAAAGUUUGGCUAACUGCCAAUAAUUCAAAUACGUGGUCAAAUUGAUUUUCAAAAGGUAAUUCAGCGGGCCAUGUCUUUACCGUUAUUGAUGAAACGAUAGGAAAAUGACCCAUAUGGUCCAGAAGGUACUGUUUUCCUAUGACUAGCCUCCAAUCACAAAUACAGUAGCGUUCUGUUGAAUGCUCCUAAAUGGUGGAGCAAAAAGUGCCAUCAGGAGCUUCACUCACCCGCUUUCCAUUACUUUUGACUUGAGACUGGAUUUUCAAUAAAACACAUUGAAGAAG